UUUUUUGUGAAUGGAGCUCAUUAUGCAUGCAGCCUCCACGCAGCUCCAUUCACAAGCAGCGCUCCCUCCUCUCUCUGCAGGCUGCGUGGAUCUCACUCAACUCAGCCUAAAUGACCACAAACGGUUAACGGAUGGAUUAUAAGAUGGAUGGAUAUCUGGACCAGCAAGUGCCUUACACUUUAGCAAAUAAGUCGCAAGGAAAUGGGCCCCUAAAUAGACUGUUGAUGGCAGCGAAAAGGAAAUACAUGGACACAGAAUUGCCCCCUCAGGAAUCUGAAGACCUCUUCCAGGAUUUAAGCCAGCUCCAAGAGACGUGGCUCACAGAAGCUCAGGUUCCUGACAGUGAUGAGCAAUUUGUUCCUGAUUUCCAUUCUGAGAACUCGGUGGCAUUUCACAGCCCUCCAGUCACCAUCAAGAAGGAACCGCAGAGCCCGGGCUCCGACCCCAGCCAGUCUUGUAGCCACAAACCGAGCUUCAGCUACCCCAGUGGAGAGCAGUGCCUUUAUGCCAGUGCCUAUGAGCAGAAAAGGGCUGCAGGAGGAGCAAAGAGCUCCUGCCCAGGGACCCCCAUGUCUCCCAUGCAGCAGCAUUACUCCCCCAAACCUGCCACGGCCGGACGGCCCGAUGCUGGUUACAUGAACCCAGCUGCCACCUCCCAGCCACUUCCCAGCAACAGUUACCCCAUGAACGCCAGUUCCAGGUUUCAGGGACCAUCAGGAGACCCCAUGUGCCCUCAGUUCCCCCAACCAGCGCAGGCCUUUCAGCGCAUGCCAUCUGCCCCAGCUGGCCACUGUACCACUGGGGGUGGUGGUGGUGUUGGCUACCAUCGGCAGCACUCUGACCCCUGCAUGCCUUACCUGCAGCAAAGCUUUAAGCAAGAAUACAUGGACCCGCUGUAUGAGCGGGCAGCCCAUAUGGCAGGGCCGGGUCAUGUGAGUGGACAGGGACACGGGCAUGGACACGGACACAACCAUGGCCAUGGACCUCACCCACACCCACAGUUGCACUCACACCCACAUCGGUUCCCACCAGCCCACAUGAUGGUCAAGCAGGAGCCUACAGACUACACCUAUGAACCAGAUGUGCCUGGAUGUCCCUCUAUUUACCACCACAAUGAGGGCUACCCAAACCCCCAGCAUGGCAAUGAAGGCUAUCUGUUUGAAAAUGACUCCCGUGUGGUUCCAGAGAAGUUCGAAGGUGAGGUGAAGCAGGAAGGGGGUGGUCUUUUCCGUGAGGGUACACCUUACCAGCGCCGUGGCUCUUUGCAGCUCUGGCAGUUCCUGGUGGCCCUUCUGGAUGACCCAGGCAAUGCCCACUUCAUCGCAUGGACAGGCCGCGGCAUGGAAUUCAAACUAAUUGAACCAGAAGAGGUUGCCAGGCUGUGGGGAAUGCAGAAGAACCGUCCAGCCAUGAACUAUGACAAGCUCAGCCGUUCUCUGCGCUACUACUACGAGAAGGGAAUCAUGCAAAAGGUGGCUGGGGAGCGCUACGUUUACAAGUUCGUGUGUGAGCCCGAGGCUCUAAUCUCCCUGGCCUUCCCCGACAAUCAGCGACCCAGCCUGAAGGCCGAGUUCGAGCGCUACGUCAACGAGGAGGACACAGUGCCUCUGUCGCACCUGGACGAGGGGGUGCCUUACACCCCGGAACAAGCCCCUCAAAACAUGGGCCCUCAGCCCUACUCCAAAGGCUACAUGUACUAAAGCCAGCCCCAACACGCCCUCCUUUCUACCCCACCUUCAGAAAUGUUCCCGUUGUACCAACCCACCAUCAUACAUGCCCCACAAAACCCCAUGCACCUCUUGCACAUGCCCACCCCAUCCUCUUGUAUAUAAGGAUAUGGUGUUUUUAUUUUAAAUUAAUCGCAUUAGGGAUUUUUUUUGUUUUUGUUUUAUUUUUAAGAGCUGUAUUCCUCUCACAUUCGAGGCCUAUUCAAUCCAUAAACCUGACUGUGGUUGAAGAGAUUGCUUAAUAAAUACUCAUAAUAACAUUCAAA